GCGGCGGCGGCGGCGGCGGCGGCAGCCGGUGAGAGCUACAAAGGACCCGGCGGCCGGAGCUCGCCCAGCGCCGGCUCGCUCCGAAAAGGGCCAGGCAGGCUCGCCGCGCACCGCCCGUGCAGGGAGCCUGGAGGGCCGAGGGGGGCUUCGCACGUCUUCUCCUGCACGCAAGGAGGAAGGAAGAGCUAUGUCCCGGCUGUCUUUAACACGGUCUCCAGUUUCUCCCCUGGCUGCCCAAGGAAUUCCUCUCCCAGCUCAGCUGACCAAAUCCAAUGCUCCUGUGCACAUUGAUGUAGGCGGACACAUGUAUACCAGCAGUUUGGCAACACUGACAAAGUACCCAGAUUCCAGAAUAAGCCGUCUGUUUAAUGGCACAGAACCUAUUGUCUUGGACAGUUUAAAACAGCACUAUUUCAUUGAUCGGGACGGUGAAAUUUUCAGAUACAUAUUAAGCUUCUUACGAACGUCGAAACUGCUGCUCCCAGAAGACUUUAAGGACUUUAAUCUUUUAUAUGAAGAAGCCAAGUACUACCAGCUGCAGCCGAUGAUCAAGGAACUGGAGCGGUGGAAGCAAGAGAAGGAACAAAGGAAGCAUUUCCAGCCGUGUGACUGCUUGGUUGUAAGGGUGACGCCGGAUCUUGGGGAGAGAAUUGCACUGAGUGGGGAGAAAGCGCUCAUCGAAGAGAUCUUCCCGGAGACGGGCGACGUGAUGUGCAAUUCCGUCAACGCUGGCUGGAACCAGGACCCCACCCACGUCAUUAGGUUUCCUUUGAACGGAUACUGUCGGUUGAAUUCCGUGCAGGUACUUGAGCGAUUAUUCCAGAAGGGAUUUAACGUGGCAGCGUCCUGUGGUGGCGGUGUGGAUUCCUCUCAGUUCAGUGAAUAUGUGCUAUGUCGCGAGGACAGGAGACCACAGCCCAACACCGCAAUCAGGAUAAAGCAAGAACCCCUGGACUAAGGACCCAGUCCCUUCUCCUCCUUUGUAAAAGUAGAAGUGUCAAAUAGUCCCUCGUGUGGAGAGAGAAAAACUCAAGGAUUUGCAAAACAGUAUUAUGCAGGUGACUUUGGUGUUGCCAAUUAGUGGUAUUUCAGAAACUACCUGUCACAUUGCCAGCCAUGAACUGCAUUUGAAAACAAAGACACAGACGCACACACAUACAAAAAUUCCGUUCUUUUAUUAACAAAUCACUGAGCGCGCUCCGCACUUGAAACUGUUUGUGGGGCGGAACUCUCGGCAGGAUGGCCGCAGUGUGGACAAGAGGCGGUGCUUCAGUGAAGAACAGAUGUUGGCUGGAUUUGUGCAGAGAGACCAAUUGGUGUCAUUUGAAUAUGUCUGUUGAAGGAAUACAUCUGCCAGCUCUCUGGAGGACAGGCCCACUCCCCACUUGGUGGCAUUAAGGACAAGGUCGCCACCUAAAGGAAGACGGUGCUGUGUUGAGUGUCUCCCCCCUCAUGGAAUGCCACACCUUCGUCUGAUAAGAUAUACUUUUACGCCUCCAUUGCUUUACCCCUUCUGUGGUUUCAUUUGCUUAUUGUAUCAAAUGGCUUAUUUUUCUAUACCACCCCUGUCAUUGUUUGUGUGCAGAAACCACCCUGAACAGGGACCAGUUCUCAGACCUUUCUGGUACUGAAUUAUUUCCAAACAGGUGCCCCCUUUUGAGAUCAGUGGAGAUUGCACAGCCAUAAUAGCAUUUCAUGUGUUGCUCCCAAAACUUCAGUAAGAGUUCUGCAGAUUCGGGAAGUUCAGCAAAAGUUCUGGAAUAAGGCAGUGUAACGUUAAACGGGCCUUGUCAAGUUAUGGUCAUGGUUUUUUAAAACCGAUCUACAGGUUUUAAGGUUUUUGAUCACUGAAAAAAUUAGAAAUAGCAAAGGAAGGGCAUGCAUUCCUGGAACACAGCAAAAGUUCCUCCGGUCCAGCAUCUGGUUCCUCACUGAGACCAAUUAGAUAUCCCUGAAGGACGUACCAGCAGGGCAUGGAGGCCAUAUUUCCCCACUGUCCCUGCCCUUCAGAACUAGUAUUCAAAGUAUUACUUAAUUUACAAAGUAUCAGAACUGGUGUUCAAAGUAUUACUACAGGGGAAGGAUAUGGCAUUAUGCUUAAUAGCUAUUAAUGGACCCUGUCCUCCAUUAAUUAGUUCAAUCCCUUUUUAAAGCCAUCUGAGCUAGUGGCCAUGACUACCUCCUGUGGCAGUGAAUUCCAUAGGUUAAUAGUACAUCAUGUGACAUCUUUUUCUCUCCUGAAUCUCCUGCCCUUCCAUAGAUCGGUCAUGCAAGUUCCAUGAUUACUUUCGAUUCUUCAUUUAACCCCCAGCAUGUUCACAUUGCUUUGAAAUGAUCACAACCCCUGACUGGGCCAGGUUAUUAGCUUGCAGGUUUAUGUUUAUGGGCGAUAAAUUAUAGAAUCAAGGUCAAUUCUUUAAAGGCUGGUAGUGUCGGGUAACCCAUAGUUUGGGGCUCUUGGUAUUCCUUCGCGAGAAAUCACAUUUUAGUUUGUAGGUGCAGUGGCAUAAAAGGGCAAGUCAUAAAAUAAUUGUGUUUUCCUAGUGGGUGCGCUGGAG